CAAACAUAUUUGCACUGCCACUACGAGAGACAGAGAAGAGGGGUUUUAAAAAGUGAGCGGGGUUAGAACCGGAGGCUUUCUUCAAAAACCUCACUCCCAAAGCAACACAACACAACACGCGCUUCUUCUCUCUCUCUCUCACUCAUUACAGUCUCACUCAACACAACCAAUCACAAUGGACGUCCCUAAAGAGCAAAUCACUACUCUCCUCGAACACGGCCUCUACACCUCAGCUCAGACCCUCGGUUGUUUUCUCGUUUCAUCGCCAGCCGCUAAUGCCGAAACCAGUCCUCACAUCAAGGCCGAAAGCCUGGUUCUUCUUAGUGACGCAUUGUUUCGUGAGCGAGAGUAUCGCCGAGCAAUUCAUACUUACAAACAAGCAUUGCAAUACUACAAGAUUAUUCCUAAACAGAAUUCAACAACUUCUAGAAGUUCAUUGCCACCAAACAGGUCAUCUUCUCCAAAUUCUUUUAGCAUCUCAGCAAUUAAUGAAAAUGAGGUUAAGUUCAAAAUCGCAUCUUGUCACUGUGCAUUAAAUGAGAACAGAGCAGCCCUUACUGAGAUGGAGGGAAUUCCAGGAAAAUCAAGAAAUUUACAGAUGAAUCUGUUGCUGGGGAAGCUUUAUCGAAAUUCUAGACAUAGCCGUCUUGCUAUGAGUAGUUACAAAGAGUGUUUAAGGCAUUGCCCGUAUGUCCUUGAGGCUAUUACUGCUCUGGCAGAGAUGGGAGCUUCAGCCAAGGACAUUAUAUCAUUGUUUCCUCAGACUCCAAAUAGAAGUGGGAGGGCUUCAUUUGAUCAUUUUGAUUCAAGCCGCUGGCUGCAACGCUAUGUUGAGGCCCAAUGUUGCAUUGCUUCAAACGAUUACAAAGGUGGUUUGGAACUCUUUGCAGAUCUCUUGCAACGCUUUCCUAAUAAUAUACACCUAUUACUUGAAAUUGCAAAGAUUGAAGCCAUUAUUGGCAAGAAUGAGGAGGCCAUAAUGAAUUUUGAAAAGGUUCGAUUAAUAGAUCCAUACGUUGUUACUUAUAUGGAUGAGUAUGCAAUACUUCUAAAGACAAAGUCUGAUUAUACAAAGCUUAACAAGUUAGCACAUGAUUUGCUGAGUAUUGAUCCUACAAGGCCAGAAGUGUUUGUGACUUUGUCUGUACUGUGGGAAAGGAAAGAUGAAAGAGGAGCUUUGUCUUAUGCUGACAGGAGCAUUCGAAUUGAUGAGAGGCACAUACCAGGUCACAUUAUGAAGGGUAACCUGUUGUUAACAGCGAAGCGAGCUGAAGCUGCCGCAGUUGCUUUUAGGUCAGCUCAAGAAUUGAGACCUGAUAUUCGUUCGUAUCAAGGUUUGGUUCAGUCUUAUUUGGUUCUCUCUAAAACCAAAGAGGCUUUGUAUGCUGCCAGGGAGGCAAUGAAGGCAAUGCCUCAAUCGGCAAAGGCGCUAAAAUUAGUUGGUGAUGUUCAUGCUAGUAACUCUGGUGGCAGAGAGAAGGCCAAAAAAUUCUAUGAGUCAGCACUUAGGUUGGAGCCCGGUUACCUAGGAGCCGCAUUAGCUUUAGCUGAGCUCCAUGUUAUUGAAGGUCGAAAUGGAGAUGCUGUAUCUCUGCUUGAGCGAUAUCUCAAGGAUUGGGCUGACGACUCUCUUCAUGUUAAACUAGCUCAAGUAUUUGCUGCAACAAAUAUGCUUCAAGAUGCUUUAUCACAUUAUCAGUCUGCGUUGAGGAUAAACCCACAAAAUGAAGCUGCAAAAAAGGGGCUAGAGCGCUUAGAGAAACAAAUGAAGGGCGUGGAUCCAGAUGCACCCGAAGAAGAUGAAGAAAAUGAGGUAGAGGAUGCUGACGGAGACCAAGAAGAGACUGAUCUUUUAUGAGGAAAAUUUUUGAAGUUUACAUAUAUGAAACACCUUAUAAUAUUAUUCAGUUGUAAAUGAGUAACAUGUAAUGUGAGAUUGCUGUGCUGCGUUGCAAGCAAACUUGUGACCCAUAAUUACAGAUUUCACGUUAGGGAACUGAAAAAUUGAAAUUUUACUGCAAAAACUUGAAUUUAACCAUUAUAAAAAAGUGACAUGGAUGUAUCA